UGACGCGCCCCUGUGACGUCACUAGCACGCGCCAAACAGAAAGCUCUUCAGUGCACCAGGGUUUGACAACAGUCUCAAAUAAUGUCUCGCCGGUAUGAUUCACGAACAACCAUCUUCUCACCUGAAGGACGUCUGUACCAGGUUGAGUAUGCCAUGGAAGCCAUUGGUCACGCCGGCACCUGCCUGGGAAUUUUAGCCAAUGAUGGAGUGCUGCUGGCUGCUGAGAGGAGGAACAUCCACAAGCUGUUGGAUGAAGUGUUUUUCUCAGAGAAAAUCUACAAGCUGAAUGAAGACAUGGCGUGCAGUGUGGCUGGAAUCACAUCAGAUGCCAACGUACUGACCAAUGAGCUGAGGCUUAUAGCACAGAGAUAUCUGCUGCAGUACCAGGAACCAAUACCUUGCGAGCAGCUGGUCACAGCGCUGUGUGACAUCAAACAAGCCUACACUCAGUUUGGAGGAAAGCGCCCGUUUGGAGUGUCGCUGCUCUACAUGGGCUGGGACAAACACUACGGCUUCCAGCUCUACCAGAGCGACCCCAGUGGAAACUACGGAGGCUGGAAGGCCACCUGCAUCGGAAAUAACAGCGCUGCAGCUGUCUCGAUGCUGAAGCAGGACUACAAGGAAGGAGAGAUGACCCUUUCCUCGGCACUCGCCCUUGCCGUUAAAGUUCUCAAUAAAACCAUGGACGUCAGCAAGCUGUCUGCAGAGAAGGUGGAGAUCGCCACCCUGACCCGCGAGAAUGGUAAGACCUGCAUCAAGGUGCUGAAGCUGAAGGAGGUGGAGGAGCUGAUCAAGAAGCAUGAGGCAGAGGAGGCCAAAGCCGAGAAAGACAAGAAGGAGAAGGAACAGAAGGAGAAGGACAAGUAGUGACGUCUGCCCAGACUUUGAGUUCUGUUUUUGAGAACGAAUGUGAGUUUGAGAGCGUGUAGGUUUGUGUAUGUGUUGUUUCUUAAAAUAAAGCCAAAUGAUAAAUACUUGA